CCUUAGAAUAAAACAUAGGAAUAUAGCUAUUUUAUUUUUUUAAAUACAAAUAUAAAUAAAUUAGAAGGCAGUAUAAAUUCUAAGCUAUUUAUUUAUUUAUUUAUUUGUUUAUUUAUUUAUUCCCUCGGUUGAGCCUUAAAUCGGUCGUGAGUGAGUCGACGCACGCCUUCGUUUCUUCAUCCCUGGUGUUUAAUCUGCGAUGGAAGUGAGAUGUCGGGCUCCGGUGGCGGUGAUGAUACUGCGCGCGACUCUCGCGGUUCUGCUGUGCGCUGUGUGCGCGCGCUCCCAGCGACAAUAUCUGAACGAGUGGGCCGUGGAGGUACCGGGGGGUUUACACGCUGCCCAGACCAUCGCCGACGAGCUCGGUUACGACUUAGUGCGACAGAUUGGGGCCCUAGAGAACCAUUAUUUAUUCAAACAUCACUAUCAUCCUAGCAGGACCAAAAGAAGUGCAGAUCACAUUACCAAAAGGCUGUCAGAAGAUGACCGGGUGUCUUGGGCCGAGCAGCAGUAUGAAAUAAAUCGGAGUAGGCGUGCUCCAAUGGGUGCAGAAUGUAAAGACUGCUCUGUGGACAAACUCUUUGAUGACCCCAUGUGGAACCAGCAGUGGUACUUGCAAGACACAAGGACAUCGUCAUCGCUCCCAAAACUAGACCUUCACGUCAUCCCAGUGUGGAAGAAAGGCAUCACGGGUAAAGGCGUUGUCAUCACCGUGCUGGAUGACGGGCUGGAAUGGAACCACACCGACAUCUACCCCAAUUACGAUCCUGAUGCUAGUUAUGAUUUCAACGACAACGAUCCCGAUCCUUUCCCCAGAUACGACUCCACCAAUGAGAACAAGCAUGGAACCAGGUGUGCAGGAGAGAUAGCAAUGCAAGCAGACAACAACAAAUGUGGAGUGGGAGUGGCGUACAACUCAAAGGUCGGAGGUAUCCGAAUGUUGGAUGGAAUUGUGACCGAUGCCAUUGAGGCCAGCUCUAUAGGGUUUAACCCUGACCACGUUGACAUCUACAGUGCCAGCUGGGGCCCGAACGAUGACGGAAAAACAGUAGAGGGGCCGGGACGUCUGGCACAGAAAGCCUUCGAGUAUGGCAUCCAGAAGGGUCGUGGUGGAAAAGGCUCCAUCUUUGUUUGGGCGUCAGGGAACGGUGGGCGUCAGGGUGAUAACUGUGACUGUGACGGAUAUACAGAUAGCAUCUUCACCAUCUCCAUCAGCAGUGCAUCACAGCAGGGCCUCUCGCCCUGGUACGCUGAGAAAUGUUCUUCCACCCUCGCCACUGCCUACAGCAGCGGAGACUACACUGACCAGAGGAUUACUAGCGCUGACCUUCACAACGAAUGCACAGAGACACACACUGGAACAUCUGCUUCUGCCCCACUGGCAGCUGGGAUAUUCGCUCUGGCAUUAGAACAGAAUCCUAGUCUAACGUGGAGGGACCUGCAGCACUUGGUGGUAUGGACGUCCGAGUUUGAUCCUCUAGCGAAUAAUCCUGGCUGGAAGAGGAACGGCGCUGGUCUGAUGGUGAACAGCCGCUUCGGGUUCGGCUUACUCAACGCUAAAGCUCUGGUAGACCUGGCUGAUCCCAAAAUGUGGAAGCACGUGCCUGAGAAGAAGCAAUGCAUCGUGAGAGAUGACACAUUCCAGCCCAGGCCUCUGAAGGCAGCAGGGGAGAUCAGCAUUGAGAUCCCCACCAAAGCAUGCACUGGUCAGACAAACGCUAUCGCCUCAUUAGAGCAUGUACAGGUGGAGGCCAGCAUUGAGUACACCCGGAGAGGAGACCUCCACAUCACGCUCACGUCUCCGUCAGGUACUACUACAGUGCUCUUGGCUGAGAGGGAAAGGGACACUUCAUCUAACGGCUUCAGGAACUGGGCCUUCAUGUCUGUGCACACCUGGGGAGAGAACCCUACCGGCACUUGGACCCUGAAGAUCACUGAUACGUCAGGACGGAUGGAGAACGAGGGCCAGAUCCUCAGCUGGAAGCUGAUUCUCCACGGGACGUCUGAGAAACCAGAGCACAUGAAAAAGCCGAGAGUGUACACUUCCUACAAUGCCGUGCAGAACGACCGCAGGGGAGUGGAACACAUGGAGGACAUGCUGGAGGAGGCCGCCAUCUCUCCUAGCAAACCCGAGAAACCCCAGACGCCAGCUAAAGUCACUUCCUCCACUCCCGACUCUGCUUCUGACCCAGAAGAAAAGCCGGCUUUGUCGCAGUCUUCGUCCUCGCCUAAUUUAGCGCUGCUCCGCCUCUUGCAGUCAGCUUUCAACAGGCAGACCCCUGCCAUCUCUCCUCACUCCAUGGCUUCCCUUAGCCGAGUCCAAUCCCGAGACCGGAUCCCUAAGCAGAAGCUGUUUGAAGCCAUGGACCGGAUCAAACAGGACACGGUUCCUGAAGGCAACCUGUACAACGACUACAGCGACAACUUCUACAGAGCACAAGCCUAUCGGCACAGAGACGACCGGUUGAUGCAGGCUCUGUUCAACAUGCUUGAAGGAGAGCAGCAGUGAGGCAGUGGAGAGGGGAAAGAAAGGUUCGGGGGGAAGGUCAGAGGAGUAGAUAUAGGGGUAACAAAGAAAAAAAAGACAUAGUUAAUUUAAGGUAAAAUGACACAUCUUGUGGGCAGAGGAAGAUCUGUAAUAGCAGAAAGUGAGAAAAAGCUAUGGAUAAGUGAAUGAGAGCCAGGCAUAGAAUGACAGAAUCACUCUUACACACAUGUGUCAGUUUUUCAUCUAUAUUCACUCUGGGGCCUAUUUGUGAUUCGUGUCAGUAUCUCAAUCCCAUCUACUAUACUGUGCACUCAAAAAAAAAAUCUUAAAAUUAAAAUAUAUAUUUCAUGACAGUGCCUUGCAUAUGUAUUCACCCCCACCCCCCUUCUUACCCAUUUCCACAUUUUACAAGGUAAAACUCACCAUGAUGCUGCCACCACCAUGCUUCACCAUAGGUUGACAUUGUCCAAGGUGAUGAGCAGGGUUAUGCCAAGGUAGAACUUUGUCCCAAGGUAAAAGAGUCACAUUUUGCUCCCCUUUUUCACAUUUGCAGAGAUUCCAAUCUGCAUUUCGGCAAACUCAAAGUAGGGUUUGAGAAUAUGAGUUGCCACUCUUCCAUAAAGCCAGCAAUCAUGGUUGCAGUAUGAACAGCUGACAUUUGGUGGAUGAGCUCCAGUAGAUAGUCUUUUUCCAUUUUUAGAAAUUAAAGGUGCUCUGCAGAAUGUUUGAGAUAUCAAACCAUGGUUGCUACCAGAACUUUUUUGUUUUGUUUUGUCCUUGGUCUUCCCCAGUUUGUCCUUGCCAGUUCCACCAGCUAACACUUCAGCAGCUUACAAACUGGGGAAAGCGUGCUUCCGUUGAGUCAACCUUCAUAUGUUCUCAAACUGCUGCUCAUGCUGCAUCACAGGGCAGCGUAACAUACUGAGAGGAAACAGCUAUCUGCCCUCUUCCACAUACACGAGCUCAGAGAUGCCUACGAUUGUGAUAAGGGAAGAGUAAUGCCAAACCUCUCAAACUGACAGCAUGUUAGAACUCUUUUGUUCUGGUGGCAGCUGGUUGUUUGAGAACUAAUUUCAGCCUUUCACAAACAUCUGGGGUGAAUACUUAUGCAAUUAAACCUUUUACAUCUUUCAUUUGUUCGACCCGACAAAGUGACCCACAGUAAUUCCGGCAUGACAUGAAUGUGGUUAUUAUCUACAGCUGGACGUACGGUGCUCCUUUAACACGCUGUUUGACUUCCUGUCAUGUGACCUGUGAUCAUGUCCUUUCUUAUUCCCGGGCUCUCUCUGCCCAAUAGCUGCUUACAUGAUGCUGCUUUCACUGCCACCACUUUUUCUGCAUGCGCUACUUCAGUGAAAUCUUCUCUUCAGAGCCUAAUGAUAUAUAGUAUUCUAUUUGAUAUGCAAAAGUGAUUCUGAAAGUUGUGUUGUACACCUAUUCCGCCUCUCUUAGUUCAUCUGUUACUAAAAGUCUGCUUUAUUUCCACAUAGACAUGCAUAUAAUUAACAAGAGAUUCUUUAUACAGGGUAGAUCAUGUUUCUAAAUGAUUAUGAUUUCGUUAUUUUUGUUCAUCCAUCAACACUUUAUAUACUCAACUCAGCUCAAAUACUGGUUAUCUUCUUCUCCUCCUCCUUCUUCUUCUUCUUCUUCUUCUUCUUCUUCUUCUUCUUUUUAUCAAGCACCUCAAUUUCACCCAAGCAAAUCAUUUAAACCUUCCCAAAGCCACAUGGGUGAACAGUUCGAAUAAAAAAUCCUCGAAGGAUUUAAGAACAAUGAAAUAUAUAAAAGCCCACCAUGGGAAUCAUGACGUAUAUAUUAGGGGACUAUCAGCUUAUUUUGUAUAUUCAACAGUUCAUAUUACGAAAUAAAGAUUUAUUUUUCUAUGGAUUUAUGCAAAUGAAUGGAAAACAACAAAAUCUAUCGAAUCCUGUUAUAACUUAGGUAUAUUUUACCUCAUAUAAGAAUCACUCUUAUCGCAGGUAGUUUUGUGUUAUGUGUGGCUCCUGAAUCAUUUCAGAACUAUAUAAAUAUAUAUGAAUAAAUCUGACAUAUUUAUUGUAAUAAAUAUGUUAUGCUGAAAGUUAUUUCCUGUGAUUGAUGUUAGUAAAGCAAGCUCGGAUGCUGUAAUGUUUGUUUGUUCAUCACCAUGCUCAGUGAAUCAUCCGGAUCAUAUAUUCAUGAGACAAAAGCAUAAACGCUUAUGUUUACAGCAGGAGUGUAGCUCAAAAAUCUGGUUUAGUGUGCGGUUUGCCUGGUUCUGUAAUUGACUGUAGCCCCACUUCUCUGCCAGCUGAAAGAAUAUACCAUUGAGAUGAAAAAAUAUAAAGAUGGUGUGAGUGAGAGAGAGAGAGAGAGAGAGAGAGAGAGAGAGAAGAAUGUUCACACGCAUCCUGUAAUUUAUUCAUUUUUCAAUGUAGUCAGUGUUUAUAUAUGUUGACUGAUUAAAGUUGUUUACAAAAACCAAUAUAGUUUCAAUUAUGUAUGAAUAUUAUAAUAUAUGGUUUUUCAUCAUAAUAAACUGUAAAGUUCUCUUGCAAGCCAA